UGUAUGAAUAUACGACCCCUGUUUCUCCCUCCAUAGAUCUCCUGGCGGUGCUCUGCCCCAAAGGUCCUCUACGUAUCCUAGUGGAGACGGCUCAGGAGAGGAACGAACCCAUAUUCCCAGCUCUCAUCUACUCCUCGACCAUGGUGUGGCUGGUCAACAUGGCAGACACAGGCCUCGGACACAGACCAAUGACCAGGAAGAACUCAACAGAGGCCCCCAUCACUCAGGUUGAGAGUCAAUCCCUGGCUCUGGGCCCUGCCCCUCUCAGCCCCCCAGAGGAUGACGGAGGGUUCACCCCUAACUGGAUGGGGCAUCAGGAGCAUCAGCUGGGACCCCUUCAGUCCACGGACGAUACCCGACGGGAGAUCCAACAACUCCCCUCUGCCAGACCACCCGUAAUGGACGACGAUGAUGAGGAGAGUGAGUACAGAACAGUAACAAUAAAUACAAUUGUGUUUGUCACGUAAAACAAUUCCCAUGUC